AUGAGAGCAUUAUUACCAACUCUUUCCGCUGUCUGUAACUGGUGGCUCCACCUUCAUUUCGAAACCACUCAAACAGACUUUUCGUUGUCCUUUCGCUGCCAGACGAUGUGGCCGCCCACACGUCCCGACAGAAGCCAAGCUGCGUACAUCAUCAUCGUGAAGUCAGUCCCGUGACACAGCAUCGUGUGGCGAUGACUGGUCCUGUCCUGGCCAACGACUGCAACCGAGAAAAUGGCGUCGACAUGGUGCUGACUUCUAAAUGUCAACAAUGAGAUUUUCGUGUUCUCAUUCCCCUCAACAUGGCUGGGGACCGCUGACAGUGUUUUUUGUCUUGUCUUGGAUACAAAUGUCAGGACAUGUCGCGGGCAAGGCGGUGCCUGUGUUGUGGAGCAGGAAUGGUCUGAUCACCUGUCCCGAGACACAGUCGUCCAUGGUUGUGGUGGAGGAGGGUUUCUACCAGCACUCCACCAACGCCUGUGACGACCACUGCCGGCCUCAGAUGACCGGCGGCCAGAACGUCACGUGCUCCUUCCGGAACGGUACCUGCGUGCAAGGGCUGUCGUCACGUGACCUGGCCGCCAUCUACGACCUCUGCUGGCCCAGCGCCCUGCCCUGCAACCUCACAAACGCCAACUUGUCGUCCUCCCUCGUCGUCAGAUACUCGUGUAUGACAGAGAGAAUAUUUGAUCCCUUCAACGCCAACUUCAACUGGAAGGACAACAGCGUGCUCCUGUCCUUCCACUCCGCCUCUCUGAGAGCGACCUCUGACGUCAUCACCGAGUGCUUCGUGCAGUCGGACUCCAGCAGCUCCAGCCUCAACCUGCACAUCACAGGCCUCAACUUCCCGCCGCUCGUUGACAGAGGAGGCGGCGAUGACCUCAGCCAGUCCAACGACAUCGUCGUGCAGGUGGACUCCGAGUCCUGGCACCUGCCUGCCUCGCUGUAUCCCUUGUGGCGCAUCGUGUCCAGGACGUCCAUCAACAUUGAGUUCCACAUGAAGCCAUCGCCUCAAAAACGUCCGGUGUGGCUGUCCAUCAAGGAGCAAAAUCCAGACAGACGAUUCGAGGUCAUAUGCAAAUCCAGACCCGCCCCGACGACGAUCACCACGGAGCAGACAACGGUGCAGUCGACAACGAUGAUAGAAACAGAAAAAAUGUUUACUUUGAAAGAACUGCUCAUGGCCUGUGGAGUGACUGCUGUGGUGUUCAUCCUACUGGUGGCUGGCAUCUGCUGUGUCCUGUAUUAUCUCAGGAAGCGACGAAGGUGGUCAGAUGACCGCGACAGCCAACACCUGGUCGCCCGUUUCGACAACCGCUCACCAGAUGGCGCCAUAACCAUCUCCAAUGGAACGGAACAUCCCGUGUGCUGUUCUGGUGAAGGGGAUGUCAGGAACAACAACUCUUCAUGCCAAUUGAACGAAAUGCGAUAUUCUCAUUUACCACUCUUACGACCUGGAUCCCCUCCCUCCUGCUCCUCCUUCUCCUCCCCCUGUCACUUCGCGCCCUCAACAAAGGAGUGUCUGCCGCCAGGUAGUGUCGUGUCCAGUCCCAUUUACGGCAACACGGAAGUGAACCCUGACCUCUCCAACACUUGCAGCCACGAUUCUGCCGGCUACCUCCUGCCUGCCGAGGUCAGCAGCGUGCUGGAGAAGGACACCGCAGACCUCGCCAAACGGCCGUUGCCGCAGUCACCUGCCAGCGGUCAGCCAAGUGCUGCGAGUGGUCAGACAUGGCCACAGAACUACCUCUCUCCCUGUGACGGUGCCUCCUCUCUACCCCACAGGCUACCAGACGACAGCUCGGAGUACGAGGAGAUUCCAGCUUUAGGUAUCCCCAUCACCAAGAAAUACUAGUCACGUGUCACACAUGCUACCUGGCUGCACAUCAGGUAACUCUAGCAACAGGACAUGCCAGCAGUUCGUACUUCAAACAUGUUACAUGACAAAACCGAAUUUUAUUUUCAUAUAAAGCGGUGUAACUGAUUGUUUUAGUGUCUCAGUGCCAUCAAGUUUUAUAAUUGACUGUUUGGUGUCUCAGUAUUACCAUGUAGGACCUUGCAGUCUGCCUCACUCACAUGACUCACUCACUCACAAUGAUUUGCCUAGAUAAGAUAAAAUUCUUUGACUAGUUUACGUAUUAGCAAUCUGGCGAUUCACAAGUUUAGAAAGUAGUUGUAUGCUCAUGUGAAAAUAGUUAAUCCGUGAAAUUCGUGUAGGUGUGACAGGUCGUUUGUAAAUAAUGGACAGAAGUCUGUGGAAAACCAAAUAACAAAUACUCAACGAGAAAUUUUAUGUAUUUUACACAUUGAUGCAACAAUUUAUUGUGUAAAUACACAUAGAACACACGGAGCUGUGUAUUUCACAAAAUAUUAUUUAUUAUGUUUAUUUUAUGUAAUUCAGUAAUGUUGAUCAAAUCAAUAUCAGUGAAUUGUAUAAUUCUAUAUUUAAGUAUAUCUCAAAACUCCGAAAGUCCUCUAGGAAGCUUAUGUAAACAAACAUUCUUACUUCAGCAUUCUGAAACACAAGUGUAUAUGUACCUAUCUAGCCAUAUAAUCUUGGCUAAGACAGUGUAAGUGUUUACUUGUAAUGUGAACAUUGGAAUAAACACAUGUAUAUUCGAGUAGCAAACAUCCGAAUAUAUACUCAGAAGCUUGGGCACAGAAUGUUUGUGUAUUAUGGAAUGUUUGUUGUCUACACGGAACUAAUGUAUAAUGAAAUGUUUUUUCUAAUUGGAUUGUUUGUGUACAUAUGAUGCUUAUCUAUAUGAAAUGAAUGUUUGUUUCUUUCCCCUG